CUUUUCUUCUUCCUCAAUGUUGAAACUUGCUUUCUCAUUCUCUUUACAUGCUUCUUCUCAUUUCAGUAACACAGCUCUGCUCUGAUGAGGAGGCUGCUGCUUUGCUGCAAUUCAGGACUUCCACUUCCAUCAAUAACACUGCUUCUGAUUCUGAACUCUGGGGACGCCCAAAAUCUGUUCGCAGACAAGGAGGAGAGCACAACGCCACUGCCCAGCCUGGUUGGAGAAACUACAGAACAACCUUUGUUUCCAUUCUUUUCUUUGGUUUUGUUCUCUUCUCCGACAGUCUUUGUUUGGGAGAUCAAGACAGCAGCGCGCCAUCGACGCAAAGUGCAGUGCAGCUUGCUCUCCAUUGGGACUGGUUUUGUUGAUUCUUACUUGAUUUUUACCAUGAUUUUUUGCUGGGUUUUCCGAAUUAUGACUGUCCAGAACUUUAUUAUGUGUAGCUAGAUUUCUUUGAACUAGGAUGCAUGGAUUUUAAU